AUGGCCUACGUCAUCAAUGCGAAGUACUACACACGCCUGGGCAAUAAAUUCCACGCCAACAAGCACGGUUGGUUGAAUCUGCAGAUGAGAAACUCACGGUUAUGGAGGGCCAACUGUAUCUCCACCAAGCUGCAGGAAGAGGAGAGAGAGAGCAGGGAUAAUUAUGUUCCUAAGGUCUCAGCCCUGGAUCAGGAGAUCAUUGAAGAAGAUCCUGACACUAAGGAAAUGCUUAAGCUCUUGGACUUUGGCUGUCUGUCUAACUUGCAGGCCACUCAGCCCACAGUUGGGAUGAAUUUCAAAAUACCACAUGGAGCUUUUUGA